AUGUCUCCUUCGUCUGGACAUAAUGCGAGGUCGGCAUCACCGGUCGAAGAGGAUCUCCAACGGCUCUAUAAUGAAGUUUGGGCUCAGUUCAGCGAAGAGACACCAUCAUCAGAGCGUGAUUUGGAGAACAUCUAUAACGGAUACGCAGAUGAUAACUACCCCUCACAAUCCUCUUCGGCACCCAGCAACCCUCAGUUGAAGCCGCCUGCACGAUACACAGCUGGACUGCCCCCCAGUCCCCGUCCUGUCAAUACGAAGUUUGAAUCUUACACCUCUUCGCCCACAUCAGCUACAUCUCCAACAGGACGUCGGCGUUUACCCCCAACGCCAGGUAGUUCAACCAGUUCUACUUACUCUCCUGUGAAAUCGUAUCCAAUGCCGGAACCUGUCCCAUAUCGCCCUUCAGGAUCGUCCCAAGAUACUUACAGCCCUAUCUCAGCCGGUUCCCUCUCUGCUGGAGGGCCCUCUAUUGAUAAUAGGAAGGCCGCUAUCGCCAGCGAUAUCAACUUUACGGAGCGUGCUUUGCCUUCUGUCUCAGGAUAUUCCAAUGAUUAUACUCAGGUUUUGGACGACGGGCAGAGAACACCGAUUUCCUCAGAUGAUUACAGACCCCACGGGUCGUUGUCAUCAUAUUCUACAGCACCUUCAUUCACGACGCAGCUUGGAUCGACAAGUAGCUCUGGAACUAGUCACACUCGACCUUCUGGGGCAUCUCCUCCCGCGUUACCUCCCAAGCCAUCCACCUAUAACGACUCAUCCACACGCCCCUCAUAUUCAGAGAAUCCUUUUAACGCGUAUGAUCUAGAUGACCGUGAGGUUGAUUACAAGUACCAAACCGCACCAAAUACACACUCGUCCCGCAUUCAACAUUCCUCCCAUCCAUCUGCUCCACCUCCACUACCGCCUAAAAUCCCAACCAAUGGGCACGAACAGUACUCUUCCUAUCCUCAAACGACAACGUAUGCUGCGUCACCCAUUGCACUCUCACCCUAUGACGGAUCGUCUGAUUUCGCUCCGAAAAAUGUUACGGGAAGCGCCACCAAAAACAAUUUCUUCGACAACGGGGCCCAACUCAUUUCUCCCCAAGCUGGUCAACAACCUGAAGCGGGACCUUCCAGAAGUUCUGAUCGAAAUUCCAGAGAGGAAGAUAACUGGGACCCUGAUUCCUAUACCUACGACGACGAUCAAGAAGUGGUUGAUCCAAGUGGAGGGCCGAGUAAUUUUGUAAGACGUCCUACCGACAUGUUGAAGACCUUAGCCGACUAUUCCGGUAAUGCUCCGGUGGAGCUCCUUGAUGAUCCUGCGGACGAUUAUUGGGAAGACGAGGAUGAAGAGGACGAAGCACGCUUUGUGAAUUUUUCCUUACUUUCUCAUAUCGCCAUGCAGUUGCGUGACAAGGUGCCGAGAGGUACACAUGUCAAGGGUAGUAUCCCUUAUCCCCGUGCUUUUACAGGCAAAGACAUUGUGUCGACCAUACAAACUCAAAUCCAGCGGGAGCUUGCGAUAAAUCAUGGAGUGUCUACUAAUGAUCGUCGUGUCGCUCUACAUGUCGCUCGAAGCCUUCAAAGUCAGCUUUUCUUUUACGAAGUUGAAUGGGGAGGCCAUGUCUUGCAGGAUGGAGUUGAAGAUGUUUACAUGUUUCUUGAUGAUGUGGAUGGUGCUUCCGAUGCGGUACCAGAACGCGAAGAAUUACCAACGGGCGUCAUUACCAUGUUGACUAGGUGUUAUUCUCCAAGCUGUGGAGACGGGAUCCCUUGUUAUUCUUAUACGUGUCCUAGGAAGGGAAAUUAUGCUUAUGAUAUCCCUGCCGCCCAACCGGAAGUGCCUGUAGUUGUCAGAGAGGAAGAAUGGUCUAAAUCCAUUGACCCUGCGGUGAUUAAAUCUUUGCCUGCAAGCGAAAUCAGUCGCCAGAACAUCAUUCACAAGCUCAUUGACAAGGAGAAACAAUACAUUCAGGAUCUGGACCUUGUGGAAUCCGUUUUCAUCAAACCCUUACGCGCAGCAAACCCUCCAAUAUUUGCUCCCGAUGUUUUGGAAGAUGUCAUCGACGAUAUCUUUGGCAACAUUUUAGACCUGCGAGAAUGCAAUCGACGGUUACUUGAAGUUAUGAACGUCCGUCAGAGAGAAGAGGGGCCAAUUAUCCUCCGAAUAGGAGAUAUAUUCCUACAAGCAGCGGCAGAGUUUAGGUUUGCAUACCCGACAUAUAUCGGUCACUAUCCAAUUUCGGAGAAGAGGUUGAAGGAUGAAAUGGACUCCAACUCUGAAUUCAGACUGUUUUUAGAGGCAAGUACUCUCAGGCCUGAGCACCUGCAGAAAUACCCGGUUUUGCUUGAAGCUGUGCUCCACGAAACUGUUGCGGAGAAUAGUGACGGCGAAUUUUUAGUGGAAGCCAUUGAAGCAAUCAAGAAUUUGCAAUCUAUAUCUCAGUUGCGCACCUUCCAGGCUGCCAUGGGCAAAGGAACUCCUGGGAAGUGGGAAUGGCAUGAUAUAGUAUCUACUGAAAUCAGGGAGCACUUGUCGAAAAAAGAGCAGAAGCGUCAAGCAAUCAUCUUUGAAUUGAUUAAAGGAGAGAUGGCCUACGUGAAAGACUUGGAAAACAUUUACAAUAUAUAUAUUGUUCCCUUACGAUCGGCUGAGCCUCCAAUCAUAGCCCGUGAUAGAUUGGAACAGUUCAUCCACGACGUCUUUCACAACUACGAUGAGCUUUACGAACACCACAAAAAGCUAGUUGACAAUCUCCACGAAAUUCAGCGUGAACAGCAUCCUCAGAUUCGAACUAUCACUGCCGCUUUGUUCGAUGCAGCUCUCAACUUCCGAGAGGCGUACAUGGAAUAUAUCCCCAAUUAUCCGAUUGCUGCAUACCGAAUUGAUGAUGAAAUGGCCAACAAUCUUCCUUUUAAAACGUUUGUUGAUCAAUGUGUUCGCCACCCUGACGCACAUCGCCUCGACAUGAAAAAUUUCAUCAACAGACCUAUACCUCGUCUACUUCGGUAUGAACUCUUGCUGAAAGGCAUCAUGGAAGAAACGCCUGAGGGACACGAUGACCAUGAAGCUAUUCCUCAGGUCAUCGAUGUCAUCAAAGCCCUUGGAAAGGAGUCGGAACCUGGUGUGUUCUCGGCUAAGCAGAAGGUGGAAGUUUGGCGUUACAAUGCCAAUCUGGUUUUCAAACCGGGAGAAGCCAUUGAUAUGGAUCUUUUGGAUCAAAACCGGUCUCUUAUACACUCAGGAAAAUUACUCCGGCAACCUGAUAGUGGCCUUGAGUGGAACGGAUGGAGUGAAUUACAUGUUCUUCUCUUCGAUAAUUAUUUGGUGAUGACCAAAACGAAGGAAAAGGAUGGUGUUACCAAAUAUCAAGUCAAUCGUAGACCUAUCCCACUAGACCUCCUGACCCUCGUCAACUUUACUGACCCCCCGACUCAAAGAAGUGCAGGCAUUUUGAGGAAUUUGAGAGGUGGAGAAAAGCACGAUGGCGCAAGCAUGAAUCCUGGUCUUUCUCCGGAAAGCGCUACUGAUUCACGUUCGGUAUACCCCCUCACACUGCAUCACAAUGGAAGAACUGGUGGUCCCUACAUCCUAUAUGCUGAAUCGGCGCAGAUACGAGCCGAGUGGAAAGCGAAGCUAGAAGAUGCUCUUGGACUUCGCAAAGCUGUACAGGAGUCUAACAAAGUAUUCGAGAUCGAGUAUCUCAGCAGAGAUACGUUUAUAAUGCCAUCCAUUGCUGCCAAUGCAACAGGCCCGGCAUGGAACCAGGAUAACCAAUAUACCGGGAAGGUGACCUGCUCUGUUCCAUUCAAUACUCCGGAUGGCCGUGCUCUUGUCGCUAUUGGUUGUACAGAAGGAGUGUGGAUUGGUUUCCGACACGAUCCUAAAUCCAUUCGUCGUGUGUUGCACUUGAAGAUGGUCACGCAAUGUGCUAUGCUGGAAGAUUUUGGUAUUUUCCUUGUUCUCGCUGACAAGGCACUGUUUGCCUAUCACAUUGAGGCACUCGUACCGUCAUCUCCACAUGGAGCUCAUACAUCACAGGUCCCUCAGAAGCUCAGUGGAACGAAGGAUGUUCAUUUCUUCAGUGUUGGAACACUACAAGGGCGUACAUUAAUCAUCUACAUGAAGAAGAAAUCGCUGAACAGCAUCUUCCGAGUGCUUGAGCCCGUUGGUGAUAAAAUCAACGAAGGGGUGAAAGCUCCUGCUGGUUUUGGUUCUCGUCUUGGUUUCCGUUCUACCAAGUCUGAGUGGUUCAGGAUAUACAGGGACUUUUUCCUGCCUUCCGACUCUUUUGACGUCAUCUUCCUCAAAGCUAGAAUUGCCAUCUUCUGCGCCAAAGGGUUUGAGAUCAUGAACCUGCACGACUUUGACAGUAUUACAAUUCCUCAACGAGAAGACCCCCGUCAUGCUCAGCUUGCGAAACGUUGUGAGUCAGCAAGGCCUUUGGGAAUGUUCCGGUCUACAGACGAAGAAUUCCUGCUGUGUUACGAUGAGUUCGGUUUGUAUGUGGACAAGCAUGGAGACCCAUGUCGAUCUUUUGGAACGAUUGAGUGGGAAGGCACAGCAGAACGUGUUGCAUUCCACUCUCCUUACAUUCUCCUGUUCGAUUCACGGUUCAUCGAAAUUCGCCAUGUUGAAACAGGUCGACUUGCCCAGAUCAUUUCAGGAAACGAAGUUCGUUGUACUUGGGAUGGCAGAGGCGUGAGCCCACCGGUGACGAAUACGGUAAACGAUCUUGGCGACGACAGUGUCAUUCAGGAGGCUCAGGUGCACUUUGUGAUGAACAGUACGGAUUCAACCUCUGGCCCUGGAGGAAUGCGCACGAGAAAUAUAGUGCAACAUGUAUGCGAGCUAAUACCGACGAUUCCUCUGUAUCCGUCUGGGACGCCUUCAUCUGCAAUAUCUCCCGCCGGGUCAUCUGGACAGCCAGGCAAUGUCUACGGAACAUAUACUCCUGGACAUGUGCCAUCACAUUCCUAUGCUUCUUCUUUUUCUGCCGCGCACCAUUAUGCACCGUCACAAGCACCGUCCAGUGCCUCUACAGCACAGUAUUACUCACCGACACAUCCCCCUCAUAAGCAAGCUUAUGCACCAGUACCUCUUCCCUCGAAUGGACCAGCUGGUAAUGCGUAUUACAGUCGAGAUGGAUAUUUCGAUAAUACCUCACCGUCUAGUGGAACAAUGCCAAGGAGAUAG